UGAUUCUUCCAUCUCGGAUUUUUGCGUGUUUAUGAACAUUUAUGAAUAAAGAAGGAUUUGAAACUGUUCAUGUGAAUAAGGUUUUUGCUUGGCAUAAAGAAUAAUGGAGUCCUCAUCUCUCAACAUGAGUGACGAACACUCAAUGUCUUCAGACGCAUCUUCUACAUUCCAUUCCGCUUCAUCUUCUUCAGUCGAUCAGAAAAAGGACAGGGGCAGCACAGACAACGGUCGAAGCAGCCCAGGUGCCACCACGUCUUCCCAGACGAACUCCGGUUCAAAAGGCGCUAUGUUUUUUUCUAGUGUUAAUGAUUUAAAUUACGUGAAUGAUCCUCGAAAUCGUGAUGAGCUUCUAAAAGAUGAAGGUGUCGUUCCUCAAGAUUCCACAGCCGAUUCAAGUACGUUACCUGCUAACGAUUUUCCAUUCUAUGCACAGUAUGAUGAAAGAAUGAGUGACUCUGAAAAUCGGUCGAUGAAAUCAAAAAAAAUAUCAGCAGCUUCCGUUGCUAGUUUAUCUGGCAGCGAUCGGUCAGAAACGAUUCUAGCACCCACUCCUACUCUAACUUCUGUUUAUUCGUCCCCUGUUGAACAAUAUAACUACAAAUCAAACCCGUUUUCGUUUCCAUCAAGGAGAUCACCUAGUGAUCUCCAUAAUAAAAAUCCCAAUUCCACGUUGGUGGUACCACAAACAGAAGAAAACUCGCCUUUCAUGUUGGAUCAGCUACAAGAUAAGGACUCUAAGUUAGGUCUAUAUGGAAGCAGUACAUUUAAUCGGCAACUUUCCAUCCAGGUGAAUCAACCCGUUGGUGCAAUGUCUUUAUCUCCGUGUGGUAGGGAUGUUGCCUUGGCUUCUCGUAACGGUCUUUUAGUGAUUGAUUUGGAUAACCCUUACAACCCACCUCGAAUGUUGCGACAUUCCACGCCCUGGGAAGUUGCUGACGCCCAAUGGAAUGUUCAUGCUGCUAGAGACCAAUGGAUUGUAUCGACGUCAAAUCAAAAAACUAUCGUAUGGAACCUUGCACUUCCUAAUGCAAAUGCUAUUGAAUUUAUGCUUCAUGGACAUACCCGUGCUGUUACUGAUAUGAACUGGCACAGGCAGAAUCCGGAUGUGUUGGCUACUAGUUCCAUUGACUCUUCAGUUCAUUGUUGGGAUUUACGAACUCCCAAGGUUCCUGUCAAUUCCUUUUACGACUGGCAUAAUGGAGCGACUCAAGUAAAAUGGAAUUAUCGUAAUCCUCAUGUCUUAGCAUCUAGUCAUGGUCGUUUCGUGCGUAUCUGGGAUGACCGUUAUGGCUCUGGACCAUUGCAUACAAUUCAGACUUCUGGAAGUAUCACGAAAAUAAAUGGUUUAGAAUUUAAUAGAGUCAGUGAAACUCGUUUAUUAACUUGUGCUAUGGAUCGUACUGUUAAAUUUUGGGAUUAUUCAAAGUCUACUAUUGAAUCCGAGCAUUUGAUUACUACUGAUGCCCCGGUUUGGAAAGCGAGAUUUACGCCCUUUGGUGAAGGUGUCAUGUUAAUGCCCCAACGAGGUGAUAACUCCGUUCAUUUAUAUGAUGUCCGCAAUCUCAACGAGCGUGGACCACGACCCGUUCAUACCUUUUCCGGUCAUACUGAUUUAGUAAAGGAAUUUCUUUGGAGAUGUCGUGGUGAAGAUAUUUUCGAUAAGGAUAACCGUGACUUCCAAUUGAUUACCUGGUCUAAAGAUCGAUAUGUACGAUUAUGGCCAAUUUCAAAGGAUGUGUUGCAAUCAACUGGUCAUGAUCCUUCCAAACCAGUUGCUUUUCACCUCGCUAGAUAUGGUGCAAAAUAUCGAACGUAUUCUCGUGAACCAAUUAAAGAAUGCGUAACAUUGAAUGAAAAGGAAUCUAAUAAUUUGGAAGUCAUCAAUAAGGAAAGACCGACUGAAUUCAGUACUGAGACUGGUAACGGGUUUGUUGGUGAGUCGUCUAAAGGUUUUGCCCCAAACAUAAGUCGAAAACGUCAAAAAACCCCAAGUGGCCCAUCAAAUGCUGGAUUCAUGACGCGCUCGACGAAGUUACAGGAUAACUUAACUCCUCUGGAUUGGCUUCGCGGAAUUUCAAUGGGGCGUCAAGGAAACGCUGAUUGGGAGGUUCCUCAAAACCUUGGUGAGGAACUAUCUUGGAUAGGUCAAAAAUAUGGAAACGUUAAUUUUGAAGAAAUUGAUGUAGCUCAAAGAAAAUGCAGAAUUUCUCUGAAUGCCCCCUUAUUGCCCGAUGGAGCUUUUACUUUUAUUCGCUUACGCAUACAGUUUCCUUUAGGUUAUCCGCUUUCAGCUAGCCCCAUAUUCCACUUAGAAAAAUCCAGCGCAUUUAGCGAUGAACAGUUUAAUCACAUACUGUCAACGCUGAAUUUAAUUUCGAGUCAUUGUAUCACGUCCAAAAAGCCAUGCAUGGACGGAUGCAUCUCUUUUCUUUCAGGGGAGUCUACAGCCGACGAUGUUUGGAAAUUGAGAGAAAGUGAGGAUGAUUCGGACACUUCGUCUGAAUCUUCAGAUGUUUUCGAUGAAAACUUUCCAAGCAUCUCGGAUUUCCGAGGCGGUGAUCGUGGUCUCUCCCAUAUUAAGCAAAAUAUUCCUUUACCUAAAACUUGUGCUGCCAUUUUCUGUAAUGAUACUCUGGUUUGUUUUUUCACUACGCAACGUGAGGAUGCUUCUGGUCAUGCUUCAAUUAAUCGUGAAAACCAUGGUCGGCAAAAAUUAUUCGAAUCAUUCGGUGUUUUGAAUGCGAAUAAUACCAUUGCAGAAUCCGAAUCCGCCAACUUUGAUGAAGAUUCAUCGUUUGCUCACGUUGGUUCAUCUGAUUCAGAUGAGGAUUUUAUAUGGGACGUGGAUGAAGCCAGUAGAAGCAACCUUGUUUUUCCAAAGUAUCGAAGUAGCUUCGGGAUCAACAAUGUUAAUUCUAAUAAUUCAUUGUUCGGCUCACAGCUGGCUCCCCGAGACAUGUUUACGAUGAAUCGUUUUUCAUCAAGAGGAUCCACAAAACGUUCGAUAGGCACGAAUAAGACGACUGUUGAAACAAGGCAUAUCGUGAAAUUAUUUGAUUUGAGUGAGGCAAUUCCUACAAAGAAACAUCUGGCUGCGGAGUAUAUGAUCUGUGGAGACAAGGUCGAAAUUUGUAAAAGGAAUGCCAAAGUUGCAAAAGCUUUUGGAUAUCAUCACCUUACGAAUUCGUGGCUUUUUAUUGGUAGGAUGAUGAAGUUAUUGGAAGUGAAAAACAAGUCAAAGGGUAUUGGAACAAGAACUUAUUGGUUUGAAAAUGGGUUUUUUUUAAAAACAGUUCAGUCAUUUUUAGACCACUACACUGCUCAGGAAAACUUACAAAUGUUAGCAAUGCUUUCAUGUGUGUUAGAUGAGCCGGAACUUUACUCAGAGAAUAAGCGAUUGAUGAAUAAAACUAAGAAUCCUGUUUCCGCCAAGUCGGAUUCGAAGUUGAUGAACAAAACUUCGGGAAAACUUGCUCCUAAAGCGGAAAGGGGUGAAAAAAUGUCAAGUCAGUCAUUAGCACGCAUUCUUGCUAAGCCUGAAAAGAAAUCUGGUGAGAGUAGUUCUGUGUAUUCUCUAGGAAAGGAUAAUAUCCAUUUGAAGAAGACAUUAGUGGUUCAUGUUAGGCUGGAGAUAGAUGGAAGGAAUGAAAAAGUGAAUACAAAAGAGGAAGAAAUGCUUUGGCGAUUGCACGUCUGUUUUUCCUUUUGGAGAUCAGCUUAUGCAGGACUUUUAGACCAAUGGGGAUUUAACAUUCCGAAACUAGAAUUAUUAAAAUUGAAUGCUAUAUGCGAGAAGGAUCAAAUGAUCCAUAAUGAUCAUCAGGUGUCUAAUGCAUUGAGCACGAAUCAUCUUCAGGUAUCUAUUGCUCUAACGAAAAUCAGAAGAAAAGAAUUUAAAGACAACGUUGAUGAACGGUGUGCUUUUUGCAAUCUUUCGAUUCGAGGGUUAUCGAAGGUGUGCAAUUUCUGUUUUCAUGCGAUUCAUGAAGAAUGUUUUUAUGAAUGGUUUUCUGUUGAAGAUACGGUAACCCAAUAUUGUCCAUCAAGCUGUGGAUGUCAUUGUCAAUACUUACAACUAGAAUGAUUUUGUGAUGAUGAUGACUUUUUUUUUUUGCUUAAUUUAUUCUGAUCUAUAUCGUUUAAUGCUGUACUCACAAGAAUUUAAUAAUGAUAACUAAAUACUUUGUCGGUUUAAUAUUGGUUAUUACAAUUCCAAGUUCUUGGUGGUUUAAUAUAUUUUUGUUCAAAUGUUUAUGGUUUUCUUUUUAUUGUUUAUUAUCUUCUGGAACUUGCUAUGCUGCAUUGGAGGAGACAGUAAUCUAGUAUAAGCUAUUAUUGCUUAGCAUUCUAUUUAUCCAUUGCAACAAACAAGUCAACUAAUAUAAAACAAAAAAUACAGAACUCAUAGAUCCAUCGACUUUGUAAAUUGAUCUACAUGAACUAGG